UCUUCACGGCCUCAUCGUCUGCAAUUCAUGCGCUGAGUGCUACGACCUAUCCAAAAUUACCGUGAAUUGGAACCUGCAGUGACGUGACUUUGAAUAAGUCAAGUGAUGAUUGUUUUAACCACUUGGUGUACUUGAAUUUAUUGUUUGUAAUCAGCUGCAUUCGCCAGAUCAACCAAAACAAAAAGCGUUUGGAGAAAGUGUUCACGGGCUUCAUAUCAAAGCUGAUCAGAGAUUUUAGCUACAUAAUAUCAUGGUAGAGUGAAUAAAUGAGAAGUGGAUUUCAGACGAUACAGUGUCAAAGGCUCAUCAACAUGGCGAGGCUGCAUUAUCUAUGGUUAGUGCUCUUAGCACUUUUGACUGCGGAGAAUACCAGCGGGCAAUACCAGGCAUAUACCGUACAGGACAUUGCCGAUUUACAGAACACGGUACUGUAUGAAAUGUUCGAUUACUUCUACUUUGCUCAGGAGCAGCAGCUAACAACCGUCUUCGAACGCAUAUCUAACAUCGAGAGUCGAUUACAGGUGGUGAUGGAUGCCUUAGGGCUACAUGAACAAGAAGUACCGGAUGAAGUCGACAUCGUUCGACCAACUGCACCACCAACUCUUCCACCCCGCAGGCCAACUAUACCUGAACCUGAAGUUACAUAUCCACCAUUCAUUCAACCCAAUCGAGGGAAUAGAAAGCCAAGACCUCGACCAACUCCAUCACCUCCACCUCCAAACACGCCUCGACCAAAUCGAAGACAGAAACCAACAAAACGACCUCGACCUACGACGCGUCCUACAACACGCCCGACAACACAACCCACCACAACAGCCCCGACGACAAGGCCAACAACGCAACCGACUACCACACCGCCAACCACUCCCCCACCUGUCCCAAGCACAUGCGCUGAUAUCUACGAGCAGGGCCUGUAUUCUCCAAGCCAAUCCAUGUACUCUGUAGAUCCUUUGCAGAAGUCAAAGUUCGUCUAUGUCAAAUGUGAAUUGGCAGACCAACCGGACGGAACAGAGAGGAUGGUCACCGUUGUUGAACAUACAAAGAUGUCAACGAAGAAGGUUACAGGGUUCGAAGCCCGUGGUGAAUUCAGUCUUCAGCCAGUUUACAAUGCUACCGUCAAGCAACUUCGUGCCUUAUCCGCUGCCUCGGAGUCCUGCUCGCAGUACAUCGAGUACAGAUGUCGAGGAGCGGCAUUGAUGGCUCAACCACCACGAGAGAGUGGGACGUACGGGUUCUGGGUGGACAUCAACGGGGAGGAGGUCGAAUCCUGGGGAGGUGCUCCAGCUAACAGCAGAAUGUGUGCUUGUGGUUUGGAUGGGACCUGUGUGGGUGAAGGCUCCUGUAAUUGUGAUUCCAACUCGAAGACUUUCGUGACGGACGCUGGUCCGAUCUCGGAGAAAGAAAGGCUACCUGUGACGGAUGUCCGGCUGGGGGAUACGGGUGGUAAAAAGGAGACGGGAUAUAUCAAGCUAGGACCUUUAAGGUGCUUGUAAUUAUCAUCAUAGAAACUGUCGAAACAGAACAUAGUUUCAGACCGAAUGCGAAGACGUGAUGGAAACUGUUAUCUUGAGACGCCAGAUAUCUUGUAUAUGGACACAACAAACACAAUGCAUUUGUCCAUGUGUCGGGAGGUCGAAAUAUUAAUUCGUUGGUUAUUUGAAUAGUUUGCAUCAAACGAGCUAAUGACCUAAUAAUAAUUUUGUUUUUUAAAUACACAUUAGUAGUAGUAGGUUUACAAUAUUACGACUAGUUUACUUUAUACUACUCUUAAUUUGAAUAUAGAUUUCUUUGAUAUUGGAUGUGUAUUUGUUGGUGUAGCAAUAUCAUUAAUCAUAUUUAUUCCUG